GUCCCUUGCCUUUUUCCCCUCCCCCCCUUUUAAAUUCGCACACCCUACGCGGCUACGCACGAACACCACAGCACAAGCAAAGCGAGCCAAACUCAACCAAGCGCACCACCGCAAGGCUGCGAGAGACAGAAGAGAAAGGGAGGCCAAAGCGAAGAGAAACUCAGCCGCCACCCACCCGGAGGGAAGAGGAGAGAGAGAGAGAGAAGGGAGGGAGCAGCUGCAGCCGCGCGCGGCAAUGGGCAACAGCAUCGGCGCCCGGCGCAAGGGCGCCAAGGUGAUGCAGCUAGACGGCACGUCGUUCCGGGUUAAGCCACCGGCGUUCGCGGGCACGGUGCUGCGCGACCACCCGGGGUUCCAGCUCCUCGAGUCCGAGGAGGUCAAGCUGCUCGGCGUGCGCGCCCGUCCGCUCGGGCACGACGCGCAGCUCCGGCCCGGCCGGCUCUACUUCCUCGUCGCGCUUCCGCGUCCCGCCGUGCCGCCGCGUCGCGCGUGGUCCGGCGCGCUGCACGUCGGCGCGCGCGAGCGGCUCGAGUCGCUCAUGCUCACUCGCCGGUCCACCUCCGACCUCUCCUUCCCGACCUCCGCCUCCGCCUCCGCCACGGCGCCGGCGUCCCCGCUCUCUACCGCCUCCGAGGGCGGGCCCGUUCAGCUCAGGAUGCGCCUGCCAAAGGCGCAGGUCGAGAAGCUCAUGAGCGAGAGCCGGGACGGCGCCGAGGCAGCCGCCAGGAUCAUGCAGCUCUGCGCCGCCAACGCCGGGAGCGGCGCGGCCACGCCGGAGAGAGGGAUAUUGCGGACGCCGGAGCGGAGCCCGCGGUUCGUGCCCAUGCCGGACUGGGGCGCCGGCACGUUUGCGCAGACGCCGGAGCGGAGGCCGAGGUUCGCGGCGACGCCCGAGUGGGGGACCGGGUUCAUGAUGCCGGCGGGCGCUGGGACGGCGCCAAGGACGCCGGAGAGGUGGCCUACGCUGCCCCGCACGCCGGAGUACGCGUCGCCGGACGUCAAGGCCAGCCGGAAGGAGAAGCGAACGCGGUUCCUGGCGCCGCCCGAGGAGAUAAUCGCGUGACCUUUUCCCUUCCUGAAACAAGAGGUGUGGUAGCUUAACCUGCAACAGCGCCAGCACGGUGGUGGUGACAGUCAGAGAGCCAGAAGAUGUAGAUUGAUGUGCAGAGUCCGAUAUGCUCCCGUCGUUGCGGGCUGCUGGAGAUGGGAAGCUGUCGAUCGACGGCGUCCUGUGCUCGCUUCGUACGACAUGGAGUAUCUUCUUUUUUCUUGUUUUUAAUUUAUUUUCGCUAGGUAGAGUAUAAUGUUGUGUGGUCUGUGGUGAAUACGCUGCAACUGUACGGGGUCUUGCCCCUCGCCGUCUCUCGUUGUAGCAUAGAGGAGACGUAGAAAUAGACAUACCUCUGUUGAGGACGAUUUUUACAGUACACCCAAAUCGAUAUGAGCCAUCCAAUGGAAUACCUACGUCGCCAACAACUUCGCAUGUCAUCCCGAUCGAUCAUGAUUCAGAUUCUGUAAAUAUUUUGUCGAAGAGAAAUAAGGAACCAUGCAUGUCUUCGUGCUUGAA